AUGCCCGCGCCGCCGCGGCCCCGGCCGCAGGUCCCGCCGCCGCCGCCGCCGCUGCCGCUGCUGCUGCUGGUGCUGGCGGCCUGCGGGGGCCGCGCCGCGCCCGCGCCCCGCGCCGAGGACCUCAGCUCGGGGGUGGAGUGGCUGGGCCGGUUCGGGUACCUGCCCCCCGCGGACCCCGCCGGGCGGCUGCGGACGCCGGAGGAGCUGGCCGAGGCCCUGGCCGCCAUGCAGCGCUUCGCCGGCCUGGAGGCCACGGGCAUCCUGGACGCGGCCACCCUGGCCCGGAUGAGGACCCCGCGCUGCUCCCUGCCCGACCUCCCGGGCCCCGGCCCCGCCCGCAGGAGGCGCCAGGCCCCGGCCCCGGCCACCUGGGGCAAGAGGAACCUCUCCUGGAGGGUCCGCACGUUCCCGCGGGACUUGCCUCUGGGCCGGGACACGGUGCGGGCGCUCAUGCACUACGCCCUCAAGGUCUGGGGCGACAUCACGCCCCUCAACUUCCACGAGGUGGCGGGCAGCGCGGCCGACAUCCAGAUCGACUUCUCCGCGGCCGAGCACGACGACCCCUACCCCUUCGACGGCCCCGGCGGCGCCAUGGCCCACGCCUUCCUGCCCGGCCAGCACCACUCCGCCGGCGACGCCCACUUCGACGCCGACGAGGCCUGGACCUUCCGGGAUGCCCACGGCAUGGACCUGUUCGCGGUGGCCGUGCACGAGUUUGGCCACGCCAUCGGGCUGAGCCACGUGGCGACCACGCAGUCCAUCAUGCAGCCCUACUACCAGGGCCCGGUGGGCGACCCGCUGCACUACGGGCUCCCGUACGAGGACCGGGUGCGCGCCUGGCAGCUGUACGGCGUGCGGGAGUCCGUGUCCCCCACGGCACAGCCGGACACUGCGGAGCCCGGGGGCCCUCGCCUGCUGCCGGCGCCCCCUGACCACCGGCCCAGCACCCCGCCCGGCAGGGACGUGCCUCACAGGUGCAGCGCCCACUUCGACGCGGUGGCGCAGAUCCGGGGCGAGGCCUUCUUCUUCAAAGGCAGGUACUUCUGGCGGCUGACCCGGGACCGGCACCUGGUGUCGCCGCAGCCGGCGCAGAUGCACCGCUUCUGGCGGGGGCUGCCCGCCCAGCUGGACGGCGUGGACGCCGUGUACGAGCGCGCCACCGACCACAAGAUCGUCUUCUUCCGAGGAGACCGAUACUGGGUGUUCAAGGACACGCACGUGGAGGAGGGAUUCCCGCGGCCCGUCUCCGACUUCGGCCUGCCGCCCGGCGGCGUGGACGCCGCCCUCUCCUGGGCCCGCAGCGACAAGACCUACUUCUUCAAGGGCCAGCUGUACUGGCGCUUCGACGAGCUCACGCGCAGCAUGGACCCCGGCCACCCGGCCGCCGGCCCGCCCUGGAGGGGCGUGCCCCGCGCGCUGGACGCCGCCAUGCGCUGGUCUGACGGGGCCGCCUACGUCUUCCGCGGGGCGGACUACUGGAAGGUGCCGGACAGCGAGCUGGCCGCGGCGCCCGGCUACCCGCAGCCCACGGCGCGGGACUGGCUGGCGUGCAGGGACCCGCAGGCCGGCCGCGGGGGCGCGGGCGCCGAGGGGGAGGCGGGGGCCCACGCCCCGGCCGGCCGGCACGACCGCAGCCACGCGGAGAACGGCUUCCAGGUGUGCGCCUGCAGCUCCGGGGCCGCCCGCCCGCCUGCGCCCGCCCGCCUGCUGCUGGCCGCCGCGCUGCUGCCCCCGCUGGGCCUCCUGUGGCAAGGCGCCCGGGCCCCCGCGCUCUGA